UCGUGCAGCCAAAGCCGCUGCGCGAUCCUUGCGAUGGGCUUGGACACGCGCGCCCCCAAAGCCCGGUCGGGGUCCCUGGAGGACGAGAGCCGCCCGGGGGGCGCCCCCCUGCCGCCCCCUCCCUACGCUGGGGAGGGGGCGCUGGAGCUGCGGGGCUCCCUGGACUGCUGGGCCUGCGCGGUCCUGGUCACCGUCCAGAAUUUGCUGGUGGGGGCUCUCAACCUGCUCUUGGUGGGGGUCGUCUUUGGACUCAUCCUGCUCCCUGCUGGGGUCCUGUUGGGGUUCGGAUUCCUGUGCCAUUCCAAGUUCUUACACGCCCAGGGUCGCUACUGCACGGCCCACUUGCAUGACGCGGCCUCCGUGGCGCUGCUGGUCGUGGGCUUCGCCCUCGUGGUGCCCCUCCUGGUCCUGGCGCUAGCUGCCUACUGCCGUCUGGCUCGCCGUCUCCAGCUGGGCUACUGCCUCAUCCCCUACAGCAAAGCCGUCUACAAGAACCUUCCGGUGACCCAUUACCACAACUCCGGUUGCUGCUGCUGUCGGGAUCUCGACCCGGUGGAGAAAGUCUGGGUUUGAGGAGCAGGAGGCGAUUUGGGACUGGGUGGGUGGGUGGAAAUGAUAACGUCACCAGGUGAGGGAGAACCACAUGGGACUACGGGUUGGGAUUGAAGCACGGCAGCUGAGGAACCCAAACAAACCAGCUUUGAAGGAAUUCGCCUUUUUUUUUCUCCAGGCGAGGGCGAAUACUUCACCACAGUGACAUGUGCAACAGUAUGUCAGACUCUCCCUGAACAUGAAAACCACUGCUAUUGCAAAUCCACCGGAGACCAGGCAUGUCAAGCACAGCGAGCGGGAACAGGGCGACAAGGCCCAUGCCAAGACUUCCCCUCCAAGGAUCAUGAACAAUUCUGUCAGGGGGGGAAAAAUCCCCAGGAAGGAUGUUUGUCCAGCUCAUGACCAGAAAACAGCAGCAGCCCCACGUCCGGCUGGUUAGUGGACACAAACGUUCAUGUCCCAGUGUCUUCCAGUACCAAAAAAUCAUGUCCCAGUGUUUUCAAUGAGAAGAUGUCUGAUCUGUGGAAGAGACCCACAGAGAUUUUGCGGCAAUGUUUUCCUUCCUGCUGCUGGAUGAGGAUUUAAGGCGGUCAGGAAAUGUUGAUGACUGGUCCAUGUUGAAUCAUGCCUGACUCAGUGGAGGCUCUAUUAGCCUUUGGACCAGUGUCUAGAUGCAUUGGCGGCUGGAAGAGGGUCAAUAAACUGAUCCCGAAUCCUGGAAAGUUAUUGGCUGAGCCCGUGCCUGGUAACUGGGUCAGCCGGUGGUUCUGGACGGGGUUGCCCUCCCCCUGAAUGGGCCAGCGCAUAGUCUGGGGGGGGGGACUCCUUGGUCCAGCGCUGUCGCUGUCGGCACAAGUGUCUUCUACAGCUAGGUAAAACAGCUAUGGCCAUUCCUAGACAGGGAGAGCUUGACCACGGCGGGCUGUACAAUGGUAACCUCAAAACUGGAUUACUGCAAUGCGCUGUAUCUGGGCCCACCCUUAAGGUUGGCCCAGAAGCUGCAGUUGGUGCAGAAAACUUGAUGGAAGAGGAUUAGGGCCAGCACUACCACCCCUACGCUCAGGGAACUGUACUGGCUGCUCACCUGCUCCUGGACCAGUUUUAAGGUUUGGGCAGGGGACAUCAGUGGGCAGUGAAACCGCUCCAGGUGUCAGUCAGAAGAGCCAUCCAAAGGGCAGAGCCUUAAAGUUCUGACUGGAACCCAGAGCGGAUUCACUGUCCCACUGACAUCAGAGCCACCAGCCUCCUCUGGGUUUAGGUAUUGUGUGGCGCAGAGCGGUAAAGCAGCAGUUUCUGCAGCUGAAACUCUCCCCACGGCCUGAGUUCGAUCCCAGCGGAAGCUGGUUUCAAGCAGCCGGCUCGGGUCGACUCAGCCUUCCAUCCUUCCGAGGUCGGUAAAAUGAGUACCCAGUUAGCUGGGGGAAAGGUAAUAAUGGCCAGGGAAGGCAACGGCAAACCACCCCGCUAUAAGGCCUGCCAAGAAAAUGUCAGGGAAAGCUGGCAUCCCUCCAAGAGUCAGUAAUGACUCAGUGCUUGCACGAGAGGUUCCUUUCCUUUUCUUUUCAAAACCCUAAACAACUCAGAACCAGGAUAGCAAAGACAUCGCCUGACCCCAUUACUGUCCUGUGUGGUUGUUUCACACAUCAGGAGAUAACCUCUUGACCGUGCCUAAGAUCUCAGAGGCCUGGUGCCAGACGGCUCAGAAUUCGGCUGUCCCCACUCUCCGGAAACCCCCCCCCCCAGCAGUACAAAUUAAUCAGGCGCAAAACCACACCUGGGUUUUUGACACCUGCUGAAAAUUUAGAUGCUCCAACCAGCCUUCUCAAACUGACAGUCUGUCUUUUCCUUGCUGCUGCCUUAUUGUCUCUUCUGAAUUUUAUACUGUAUUUUAUUAUGGUUUUAUACUGCAUUAUUUGUAUAUCGCUUAGACAUUUCUUUUUAAUGGAAGCAAUCAAAUAUCGGCAAACAAAUAAAUA